GAAAUUCAAUAAACUGAUCAUUUGAGGUGUCAGUCCAUUGGAUGGUCUGCCUCUGAAAGGGAUGUGAUCGAAUGGUAGGUGAUAUGACAAUAUGCAAAAGAGUCAUUUAUGAGUUUAAUGGGUUAGCUCUGGUUGGCACAAUAGAGUUAGUCCAGUGUACAUAAUGGAUAUUUAGACAUAAUGACCAUUUCAAUAGAUAGAACUGGCUUAAGGCAUGGCAGCCAGAGAUAGCCCCGAUCUCAUCAAUGGGAGCAGGAAAGGGAACCAGGGCCCUCUGAUAUACAUCCAUUGACUAAUUCCACCCCCUCCCCAAUCUCUCAGUUCAUUGUAAAAAUGAUUUUGGAAAUGAAGGGCAAGGGUCUUGAGUGCAACCGGAGAACAUUCCAGCAACAGUUUACACAAAAGGGUUUUGCAGAGCCACGAUUACCAUUUUAUAUAAUUUUAUACAAUUCAUCAUUUGGGGGGUCCGAUUUCACGAUAUCAAAGCUAUUUGUGGUAUGGAAUUUAUCUUGCAAGUAGCUACAUGAAACGAUACUCAUCAAAUACACACGUGAAGAGGCAGAAAGAGAGAAGAGCUGGCCAGCAGCUUCCUUGUCAGUUGAACAAUACACCAAUUUUAAUGCCUAUAACAAGUGCUUCAAGGUGCUGAAUCUAUUUGGAAAUAUCCUUUUAGUCCCGGGUGUCCCCUGAGCAAUGUUGUUACAGAUGGCCAAUUCUCUCACACCAGAAGCAACUUGCAGUUUCUCAAGUCGCUCUUGACACGGAAAAAAAACCCUCACUGACUUGGAAGCCACCUUCCAUCACUGGGGAAGAGAGAAUCCUUGUGUGUCAGUACAUAGCCAAAAUUUGGGCAUGUUUUUAUUUGAGUAGCCAUUAUAAUUGAGAAAGCAAUGUUCUAUAAGAAUUAGAGGGAUAGAAUUGCAUAGUAAGAUCACCCAACCAAAAGGAUUCAGCAGAUUCCAAAGUACCUGAGCAAAGCCUCUUCUGUCUUUAGGAACAUUGUCUGUCAGCGGUGAAGAGACUCAGGAGGAAUAUGAAUACAUCCCUGAUCCUGACAUGCUGAUGAGGAAGCUACCCAAGAAUGGGCUCAGAAUAGAACAAGAUCUGUUUGCCUAUGGUAUUGACAAAUUGAAAGAACAGUGCAGAUCUCCCAUUAACUUCGCUUAUGGACUGGCCUUCCUCUCUCUGAUCAUGGCAAUUGCUGCCCUCAUAUUAGCCUUUAACAGAUGUUUUCCAUCAUGCCCCCAUGAAUGGAUCAUGUUUCAGGAGAAAUGCUACUAUUAUGACCAAAACCAAGACACUUGGACAAAUGCCAGGGGCACCUGCCAUGACCUGGGUGCAGACUUAGUAGUGAUUGGCAGUGAGGAGGAACAGGAUUUUCUCAUUUAUAAUAUCCCUCAAAAAGGCACAUACUGGAUUGGAUAUAGAGACACUGAGGGCAAAAAACCCGGGAUGGAUGGAUCUGUUUCUCCUAACAGAAAUGGGGUUUCCUCAAAUAACCACGGUGAAGGAAACUGCUCUGCCUUCAAAGAAUCCAUGUACCGACGGAGCAAGGAGCCUUGCAGUUCUGACUAUAUGUUCAUUUGUGAAAAGCGCAUGCAGCUUGCUUGUGUCAGGCACCUCCUUCAUAGUUCCUUCAACUGA